GUUGGACUGUUCGUUGUUGAUUUUAGCAUGUAAACAAAUUUAGGACGGUUCUGAAAUGCGGUGAUGCUCUUUGUGGCUUAUUUUUUUUAUUAUUUACUUUCAUUUUAUUUGUAUAGUUUUGCACUUGGUUUAUCGUAAUUAAAAUGAAAAUAUUCUGUGAGAUAAGUGUUUACAAUCGUCUGGCACCGCAUGUCAAACCACGAUCACAACAAUCAACAUUGGCACUGGGCUAUCAUCCUCCAGGAGGUGGGAAAGAUGCCGAAAAUCUAUUUCUCAUUCAUUUUACGGCAAUCAAUACCGUUGGAACACGCUAUAAACUGCAUCGAAACAUUGAGAAAGUGUUCACGAAAUUCGUACUGGAUGGAAAAACGACAAUUUCACUGAAGCAACCACCGCAUGAUUUGCAGAUUCGUUGCGAACCAAUUCAGUUGAUGGCAUUCAUGAAAAUGUUCAAAGGUGGACUAGAGGGUAAAUUGGAUCCGACCAAACCCAGCUUAUCAACAUUGGCUGUAACUGCUGUGCCGAAGAAGGCUGUGCCUGUUAAAUCUAUGACCAUUUUAACACCAAGUGACUAUCCAUUGAAGGGAUUACCCAAAACGCUCACCACAUUGAAUGUGAAUGGUAUUCGAAAAUGCAGUCUAGACGCUCAAAUUUUAUCACUGAAUAAUUUACAAAUAUUGAACAUGAGCAACAAUAACAUUGAGCAUUUGCCAAAGCGAUUGGGUGAUUUGCCAAUAGUUCAAUUGGACUUGUCAAACAAUCGACUGGGCAAAUCUGUGCUUAGCGACUGGGAUUGGCUGGAUAAACAACGAAUCAAAUCAUCACUACAAAAUUUCAAUCUAAGCAACAACGAUCUCACAUUCUUUCCAUAUAAAUUGGUAAAACUACGAAAGCUAAUGGUGUUAACACUCAAAGCCAAUCGCUUAACACGUGUUCCGUUUGCCAUUCGCCGAUUGAAAACGUUACGCACCUUAAAUUUAGCCGAUAAUCAGAUUAAAUCGCUUCCCAAUGUGUUCUCGCGUAUGUCAUUCGAUACACUUGAUGUGUCCGGUGAUGAGAUGCUUACAUCGCCUUAUCAUCAACAUGAACCAGACUCCAUGCCGUUGGCAAAAAGUGGCGAUAUUUUGCGACAACCGGCAGCUUUAUGGCAGAUAGCCGCAAUGGUUGUGACGAGAAAAGUCAUUAAAUAUGGACCAUACGAUUUGCCGAUGACUGUGAUAGAUUCACUCGAAGAGUAUCCGAUGUGUGAAUGCGGCCGAUUGUGUCCACCCAAUAAAAUUCACUUUCGAACGUGUGUCAUUCAAACCCGAACAAAUAGCUUGAUUCAAUCGCUCCGACUUCCCAUUCUUGGUGACUCGGUUUAUUGCAGCGACUACUGUCAAUUACAACAUUCUGGCCGAAAUAAAGCGACUUAAAUAAAAUA